UUCCCUCUCGGCCACGGAGACGGCGCCCCGGCUGUGCCGGAGCGGAGAUCGCCCGGCCCCGAGGACGCCGCGGCUCUCCACGCCCCUGCCCGGAGCCUGACCCGACUGCAUCCGUCAGGAAGUUAUAUGUGAUCCCGUCUGGUAUACACAAUAGAAGAGAAACCGAAGGAGAAUUUGGAUGGCAGCUGAAUAAUUGAAAGUCUAGUGUCUGCGUAUUCUUUCAACUAUAUUUGAACGUACCUACCCAGGAUAUAAAGUGUGAUUGAACUGAACAUCAGUUUGGUUGAGCUUCAUCAUGAACCGUGCUUUUAGCAGAAAGAAAGACAAAACAUGGAUGCAUACUCCUGAGGCUUUAUCAAAACAUUACAUUCCCUAUAAUGCAAAGUUUCUUGGCAGCACAGAAGUAGAGCUGCCCAAAGGAACAGAAGUUGUGAGAGACGCUGUAAGGAAACUCAAGUUUGCAAGACAUAUCAAGAAAUCUGAAGGCCAGAAAAUUCCCAAAGUUGAGUUGCAAAUCUCAAUUUAUGGAGUGAAAAUUCUAGAACCUAAAACAAAGGAAGUUCAACACAAUUGCCAGCUUCACAGAAUAUCAUUUUGUGCAGAUGAUAAAACUGACAAGAGGAUAUUCACUUUCAUAUGCAAAGAUUCCGAGUCAAAUAAACAUUUGUGCUAUGUUUUUGACAGCGAAAAGUGUGCUGAAGAGAUAACAUUAACAAUCGGCCAAGCAUUUGACCUGGCGUACAGGAAGUUUCUAGAAUCUGGAGGAAAAGAUGUUGAAACAAGAAAACAGAUUGCAGGGUUACAGAAAAGAAUUCAAGACUUAGAAACAGAAAAUAUGGAACUUAAAAACAAAGUACAAGAUUUGGAAAACCAGUUAAGAAUAACCCAAGUAUCAACACCUCCACUGCUGCACAAAAUGUCUGAUCAUGAGCAACACGGGUUUCAGAGAUGCUCAUCCUCUUUCUGGCAUAGUACUGAUGAUUCAUCUCCCUGUCUAAAUAUUCCUUCCCUUACUGUCACUCCUGUCAACUCUCCUGAUUCCAGACUAUCAUUGGGACUGUUAAUACCACCACCUUCUAAACAGGGCCUUCCCAAGCCAGACAGCGACAGCAGCAUCCCAAGACCUCAUGCAGGCAGUGUGACACCUAAGUUGCCCUCUACUGACAUCUUUGAUAUGAUUCCAUUUUCUCCAAUAUCACCCCAGUCUUCAGUACCGACUCACAAUGGCAUGCAGCCGCCUCCAGUACCUAGCCGAUCUAACGAGAUUAAACGGGACCUGUUUGGAGCAGAACCUUUUGACCCAUUUAACUGUGGAGCAGGGGAUUUCCCACCAGACAUUCAAUCAAAAUUAGAUGAGAUGCAGGAGGGGUUCAAAAUGGGACUAACUCUCGAAGGCACAGUAUUUUGUCUCGACCCUUUAGACAGCAGGUGCUGAUACAAAGAACAAGACGUCCUGAAUCUGUUAAAAUUGUUUUGUAUACAUAUAUAUAUAUCAGUCAUUAUUACUUAUGUCAGGUAUUAUAAAUGUGCCAAUAUAUUUUUGAGUCUCUUAACUUUUUGAGAAUUAUUUCAGUAAAAUUCCCUGUUGCAUUCACUGUUGAUCUGUAACAUUUUGCUUUAAGAACUCACUGUAAAUUAAAUCAUACUUUUAUGUUCCUUUCAGUUUGUUUGUAGAAGAAUUUAUAAUUGAGAGACACAUUAUCCAAAUAUCUGCCUUUGUCUGAGUUCUGAAUAAUUAGCUUCUUCAAAUUUAUGUUCAUUCUCUAGGCUGCUAGUUUAUUAUUAAUUUCCCAAAAGCCAUACCUAAAUGAUACCUUUCAGAAUCCUAAGAGAUAUACCAAUGCCAAACCAAAUAUGUUCUAUAUUCAAACCAAUAAACAUGUUACCAUUCAUUAGACAGAUAUCAUUUUUUGUAUGAAAUGCUGUUCAUAUUAUUGGGAAAAUGUAAACUCUGAAUGUAACACCACCAUAUCAUUUUUAACAGGUAAAAUAACAGAAAUAUAAAUCCCAAUAAUAAUUAAACUAAAUGUGUUUAGAGUUGUUAUUACUAAGCUCAAGGUCAUAAUGUUAGUUAUUAUUAUCAGCUAUACUCUAAAUAUUUUAUUUCAUACAUAAAGAUUGUGGAAAAAUGAAAGCUUGCUAUUCACAAAGGACUUAAAAUUUAGUUUCUAUCAAGAUAAGUUACAUUACUAAACAUCUAAAUGUCGUUUGAUCUGAUGUUUCCUAAAAAUGAUUUGGAAUAUAUACUGUCUAUAGUUGCAGCAUCUAUUACCCAUAUUUGCUUUACCAAAUAAAUUUUUUCUCACUGAAUAAGACUAUUCUUCUUAUAUUUCUCCCCUGAUUAAAGUACUUUCUCACCAAGAUUUAUUUUGUGAUAGCCCGUUAAUUCUGAUACUUUAAAAACUCUAUGGCACCUUUUCUUUAUGAAUUAUCAAUAUUAUUUAGCAAGUUUAACGUCCUCUCCAUUACAGUCAGGACCUCAUUUUUGAAAUGAGUUUAGUCUUUAACCUGACCAAUAACUCUUUCUUGCACCUGACUCUUGGGCUGGUGAACUUUAGCUUUUAAAAAAAAAAAUUGUUUUCUAUACAUUCACCUGUUAUGUAACAGACUCUAAUUUAUACGGAAUGCAGCAGAAAUUUAUGGUCAGAUAUAUAAUUUGGUUCAUCUCAUUAUAAGAAAAGUAAAUUAAUGAAAAUGUGAGCUUAGAUAGAAGGUAGAUCUCAAAAAUUUCUCUUUUCUUUUAGUCUUGGGAAUUUUCUUCAUGUGCUAAAGGUGCAUUUUCACUAGAAACAGAAAUCAAAUAUGCUUAUGCAAUAUUAUAUUUGUAUGUAUCUUCAUAAUAUUCUACGGUCUAUAUAAGCCUUCCUCUUUGUUUUCUGUUAUCUGUUCAGUUGUACCUUAAUUAGAGGAUAGUAUAUGUUUCAUAAAGAAGAGUCUUUAUAAUUUUGUUUGUCAUAUAGUAUUUUGGAAUUUGUAUAAUGAGGAUGUUUAGAAGCCCUAUCAAUGGCUUUUUUUUAACAGAUAGAAUUUGUAUUUUUAUUGUACUUUAAAAAGCUUUAUGUAAUAGGUAUAUAUUUAGUGGCAAUUUAUUAUCAAUGGCAACACAAUAGAGUACUUUGCACAUUUAAAAUAAGUUACUUUACCAAUUUUUAAAGGUAAUCAAUCCUGCUACUGGCAUGAUUAAAUAGUAUAUAUAAUUGGUCAUUAAUUAUGAACAUUUUAUUUCACCAGUGCAUUUUUAUGAAGAUCCAGUUGCAAAUUGUAUUUCUAUGUAAACUCAAUGAUAUGUUUGAUUUUGCUGAAAAUAAAUGAUUUUAAAUAAA